GUAUUAACACAAACUAAAGAGUAUUUAAAACAAUAUGGACGUGGAGAAUGCGAAUUGCAAGAUGAGAGUGUCACAGUGCACUGACAUGGAAGUGCUGCCCAUCGAGAGACCCAUCAAAAUUGACCACGAGAUCACAGGGCUGGAGAAGCUGGUGGAAGAACUGCACGCCAUCUUCUCCCGGGAUCACGUCAACGUCCAGGACGUCCAGAAACUCAUGCUGGGCUACAAGAGCAACCCCAAGGACUGGAAGAAAUAUGCCAAAUUUGACCGCUUUCGUUACACGAGGAACCUAGUAGACGCCGGUAACGGAGCCUUCAACAUCAUGAUCCUAUGUUGGGGGGCAGGGCACGCCUCCCCCAUACACGACCACGCUGACUCACACUGCUUCAUGAAGAUACUGUCAGGGAACCUUGAGGAAGUCAGAUACGAAUGGCCGGAACACGUGCAGCCCGAAGUCCUAAAGAAGCUCAAGAACAAGAGUUGCUGCGACAAAAUGGCGGACCAAGAUGGCUGCCGGUGUGAGGAAGAUGGCGGAUAUGACGCGGGCGACAUGAAAGAGAUAGGGAGAGCCCGGCUAGAGCUGAAUGAUGUGUGUUAUAUCAACGACGCCCUAGGCCUCCACCGUGUAGAGAAUCCCUCGCACGCCGACAGCGCCGUGUCCCUCCACCUGUAUUGCCCCCCCUUCGACAGCUGUCGCGUGUUCGACUCCCGGACUGGGAAACCCACCACCGUCACCACUACCUUCUGGUCUAUUAAUGGGAAGAAAGUGAAAAGGAUUAUGGAGGCCAACGAAUGUGCAGACAGCCAGAACUAAGGCAAAAUGUACCUUGAAUUGGAAUAAAGAAUAAAAUGGGACCAAAAAUGUUGUAA